AUGCGUCUAUCGGGUCUUCAGAAGGAGGUUCUCUCCCUGUACCGGCAAUGUCUCCGUGAAUGCCGCAAAAAACCCUCAACACGGCGUGAUCAUUUCCAGGUGUUUGCGAGGCAAGAGUUUGAAAAGAACGUCAAGAUUGACAAGCGGGAUUUCAGCGCUAUCGAAUUCUUGUUGCGAAAGGGGCGACGACAGCUCGAGAUCUACUCAUCUCCGGGAGUCAAGGACAUCAAAUAA